CCCUCUACUCCACACCUCGUACCUCUUCCCUUUGCACCGUCAGAUGGUAAGGAAAUUGUUGUGGAGGGAACCAUUAGGCACGAUGCCAAAAGAGUUACUUUCAGUCUGUGCAGGGGGAAUGAUCUCAGUUAUGAUACACCAUUGACCUUUGACAUCAGAUUAGAUGACUGUGUGGUGGUCAGGAAUCACUUUCGUAACCGCUGGGGAACUGAAGACAGAUUCGGUGGCUUUCCUUUCAGGAGGGGGGAAAAUUAUGAAGUGAAGUUUGUUUUCAGAAAUGAUGCAUUCCAGAUCUAUGUUAACAAGCAACAUUUCUGUGACUUCAAAUACUGUAUUGAAAAAGAGGCUGCACGCAAUCUUUUCAUCGAAGGAGACUUUACAAUCAACAGAAUUUCCUUCCCAGGCUCUGAGAAUCCAGCAGGUGGAGUCAAUCCUCCAGCCCCUUCUUAUCCUGCAGGUGGAGUGAAUCCUCCAGCCCCAUCUUAUCAACAAGGCGGAGUCUACCCUCAAGUUCCCUCUUAUCCAGGAUGUGGAGCCUACCCUUCUGGCCCGGCACCGGCCCAGUCUUAUCCCGCAGGGCAAGGUUAUCCCUCAACAUAUGAUUCAGGACCAUUUAUUCGCCCAGGGUUACAAAAUCCCAGUGCGUAUCCUCCAGAAGGAAACUACCAAACCCCAUCU